GCCGUUCAGAGCAGGUUACCAAGACUUACUAGACCUGAUAUGCCGGAGUGUCUAACGCGGUGGGAGUGUAGUGGUGGUUACACAAGUGUGAUACAGUGUUACACAGACGUUCAGGUGCAGGUUGCGAUCGGUUCGGUUGGUCAAUCACAAGGAGGGAGUAGAACCAACGACAUGGAGCCGAGAUGCAGGGAAGAUACCCCGCUCGGUGGGUGAUGGCGAUGGCUUACAAUCUUUGGAUGCUGGGGUUGGAGCGGUUGGUUGGUAUCACCUACCUUUGACGUGGCGUAUCUCACCGCUGGGAUAAGGCUGGGGUCAGGGGUGAUAAAGUCGCGUCUCCCAAGUCUCAUCAGGCCAGCGCGUGGUGCCAGCAUUUUUUUAACAUCAUCCAACUUGGAUGACAUCCAAGCCAAAAUGACAACCCCCGAUCUGGAGAAGCAGCAGGCUGCUGCCACCACCGCAACAACACCAGCAGAUCCCACCACCAAAUCAAUCUCCUCCACUGACACCUCCCAACAACAACAGCCCCAAAAUGCUUCUCCUUUCAAGGUUCCCCAUUUUUUGAUCAAGAUCAACAACACCCUCGAAUCCCUCUCCGGCUUCGAAGCCCGCGGCAUCACCCGCGUCCUCCCCUCCGAACGGCAACCUCCCUCCCACCUCGCAGACGCCCAGGUAUUCCUCCUCUGGUUCGGGGCCAACAUCUCCGUCAACAACCUCGCAGUGGCCCUUCUCGGACCAUUAGUCUUCCAGCUUGGCUUCACCGACUCGGCAUGGUGCGCUAUUGUUGGAGCCUUUCUGGGGAGUUGUUCCACCGCAUACAUGAGUAUCUGGGGACCGGCAAGCGGGAACAGAACAAUGGUUAUCGCGAGGUAUUUUAUGGGUUACUGGCCUAGCAAGAUACCAACAGCGUUGAAUAUUGUUUUGAUGGUGGGGUAUAUCACCUUGAGUUACAUCAUUGCGGGACAGAUGUUAUCUGCGGUGAGCGGGGGGGGUUUGACGAUUGUGGUUGGGAUUGUGGUUAGUGCUUUGGUGUGUUGGGUUGUGGCGGUUUUUGGGAUGAGGGUUUUUCAUUUUUAUGAACGGUUUGCGUUGAUACCCCAGAUAUUGGUCCUCUUCGCACUUAUCGGGUGUGCGGGACCGUAUUUUGACACCACGAUUGAGUCCCAGGGAGAUGGGACGGCCAUUGCGGCAAACAGGCUUAGCUUUUUGAGCCUGUGUCUUUAUGUGCCCAACUCGUGGGCGGCGGCGGCGAGUGAUUACUAUGUUUACUACCCUGAGAGCACGCGCAAGAGGAAGAUCUUUUGCUUGACGCUGUUUGGGCUUUGGACGUCGUUUAGUCUGGUUUAUAUGAUUGGGAUUGGGCUUGCGACUGGUGUAACGCAUCAUACUGCUUGGGCGGAGGCGAAUGCUAUUUCUGCUGGGGCGUUGAUUGUGGCUGGGUUUGAACCAUUGAAGGGGUUCGGAUUGUUCUGCUCUGUUAUUGUGGCGUUGGGAAUCAUCGCGAAUAGUAUCCCCGGGUGUUAUUCAGCGGCGUUGGGCUUUCAGGUUCUGGGGAGGCACUUCAAGGUUGUGCCGAGGUGGGUGUGGACUUGUACGGUGGUCGUCCUGCAGACUGUGCUGGCUUUGGCAGGGAGGGAGCAUUUGUUUGUGCUGUUCCAGAACUUCCUCGCGCUGAUGGGGUACUGGGUAGAGUUUAUGAUUUUGAUCUUUGUGUUGGAGCAUGUGCUGUUUAGGAGGACUAGAGGGUUUGACUGGGCGAGGUGGGAGGAUAAGAGUUAUUUGCCGGUUGGGUGGGCUGCGCUGGUUGCUUUCUUGUUGGGCUGGGUCGGGGCCGUGUUGGGGAUGUAUCAGAUUUGGUAUACCGGGCCAUUGGCAGUGCUGGCAGGAGCGAGCGCGGGGGGUUGUGAUGUUGGUGUUUGGGUUGGAUGUGGGUUUGCUUUGGUGAGCUUUCCUCCGUUGAGGUGGUUGGAGUUGAGGGUUAUUGGGAGGUAA